UGUUAUUGGAUAUUCCUCCGCCCUUCGACGCAGUUGUCAAAACCCCUUUGCUAGUUUGUAAACAUCGUCGACGACAGAUUUUCUCGGAGGUUUUUUCACAUCGCUCGACUUGUGACAAUGAAGUUUAUGUACAAAGAAGAGCAUCCCUUCGAGAAGAGACGGUCAGAAGGGGAGAAAAUCAGAAAGAAGUACCCGGACAGAGUGCCUGUGAUCGUUGAGAAAGCCCCCAAAGCCAGAAUAGGAGAUCUGGAUAAAAAGAAAUACCUCGUACCCUCUGACCUCACAGUGGGACAGUUUUAUUUCCUCAUCCGAAAAAGGAUCCAUCUGAGGGCAGAGGAUGCUCUUUUCUUCUUUGUCAACAAUGUCAUUCCACCCACAUCUGCCACUAUGGGACUUCUUUACCAGGAGCACCAUGAAGAAGACUUUUUCCUUUACAUUGCUUACAGUGAUGAAAGCGUCUAUGGGGACAUUCAGAGAGAUGUGUAACCAAUUUACUUAACUCACACUAUCCACCUUUAAAAUAAAAUGAUCAAUAUAUUAGGACACAUGAAGUGUACAUGUCUAAUGCACUUUCAUAUCCUCUACCUAGUCCAAUGUUUUGGUUUAUCUCAUUUGUACUCUAUGCUGCUUGCAUAUUGUUUCUUCCUACCUAAAGUUCCCCUCAGUCUCGCUUUCAGACAGACUGGAUACAUUCUUUGUCCUGAUCUGUUUCGGUAAAUCAGUAGUACUCAUAUCCCUAAUGCCUUUUGAAUGUUCGACACUUCCCUGCUUCUUUCAAACUUUACUUUUAUUCUGUGCAUUGGCAUAUAUCUUGCAGCUGCUUUGUUUUUUGACAAACUUUAAUGUUUGGUCGAUCAACCAUUGUAUUUGCACAGACCAAAACCACUGGACUUUCAAACCCCUAUAUUGUUAUGUUUGUGUGCGAGUGCGAGUGUGUUUGUGUACCAUUGCCAAUAAUUAUUGUUUAAAUACAUUUGGAAUUUCUCUUUAUUUCAAUAAAUUGGUUUAAAAAAUUAAAAAAUCAUCUUAACAUAUUGUAGGACAUUGCUUGUUUACAUCUUAAUCUUAUUAUUAUUUUUGAGGUUGACUCGAGUCAUAAGGUGAUGACUUGAUUGACUCUUUUUUUUUCUAAUUUUGGAUUGGUGUGUUUUAUUUCUUUUCCCUAAAAGCUGUAAUUGUAAUGUCACCAACAGUUUUAAGCUUGCCAACAUUAUAAAUCUGAUGUUAAACUCUU